AUAAACUUUCGAAAGAGUCGGUAGUCUCUGAUUUUCAUUAUCCAUGAUUGAGGUGUGAUUAUAUUAUUUUGUUUACAUGCAUCACCAUUUAAAUUGUAAAAUUACGUUGCAAUGACAGAGAAUUCUACAGGCUUGUACUUUUUCAUGAGAAUGUUUGAAAGUAUGACUAUUUUAAUUAAGCUUAAUGUCCCUUCACCAAAAGACUGAAUAUACUGUUUAUAAUGUCAGUUGAAACUAACUUAAUUUAACUUCUUUGAUAUAAAUUGUUUCCUUCCAAUUGUUAUAAGAACGUAAGAGAUUAGUAACUACGUAGGAUAAAAAAUAUUUAGAGAUGCAAAGUGUAAUGCAAUCAAUAAAUGAAUGCAAUGCCAUUCGGUAUACAUCUUACAGAACUGCAGCAAAAAUGCAGAUCUUGCAUAAAGAACUUAGUAUGCAAUACAUUCAAUUGGAAUUAAUUGCUGGAGUCUUCGAACGUCAUAGACUUUCAAUUACAGAAAAUUGCGUGAAUUUGGAUCCAAGCGAAAUUGAAGAUGUUCUUUCUGAUAUCUAUUUUGCAGCUUGUAAAGAAAAUAAUAUUAAUUUUGAUAUCGAGUCUGCAACAAAACUUGCUGUGAAUUACAUUCUAACUGCAUUCGAUAAACAAUGCACUCUGAGUGUUUCUGUAUUUUCUGUGAAAAUUGCUUUAAUACUAAUGUGCUCUGGAAGAUUACAAGAAAAAUACGGAUAUCUCUACCAACAAUUAGCUGACCACAAUGCGUGCUUAUCUAAAGCUAGUUUGCAUACAUUGUUAACAAAUAUUUGCAAAAUCACAGAAAUGCUUGGAGAAAGCGCAGCGUAUGGAUAUCAAAACAUUCAAUCGCACAUCGAUAGUUGUUUCUCAAAGUCUCAGGGAUGUCUUGGAGUUACCGAAUCUGAGUUUGCGGCUUGGAUUAUGCAAGAACCUCCUUUGCUUGUUUGGAUAACGACAUUUAAUCGUAUAAAAUCUGCGGAACAUAUUAUACAUAAUGUUAGAUGCUCCUCUUGUAAAGCAACAUCCAUUCAGGGACCACGGUACACGUGCUUAAAAUGUACAGCGUAUCAUCAAUGUCAACAGUGCUUUUUGUAUAGUAAAAUCUCAGGAAAACACAAGUUGAAGCAUCCGGUUCGCGAGUUUUGUACCAAGACUUCAAAUCGAGAAGUAACGAAGUUAGUUAUCGAGUUAAUAAGGAACAAAUUGAGAUUGUGCCCUGCCAGGUCAAUUGAAAUGAAUGUUGAGGAUCAAACACCACACAUAUUCAGCAAUGAAGUACCACACAUUGACAACGAAUCAUUAAGAGGUACGAUGAAGAAGCGAGUUCUAAGUGAUCCACAGAAGGAAUUGCAAAGUAUAAUUACUCAUUUAGAAGAAGAAAAUAAACAGUUACAAAUCGAAUUACUCGACAUACAGGGUACUAGAGCGGAAAGACUUCAGCGUCAUAGAGCUACUAUUGAAUCACAAUUACAACGCCUAAAAUUAUUAAAAAAGUAUUUGUUCGCCGAUAGAAGCCACACGCCUCAAGUAAUGAAUCAUAUGCAGAGUACACCUAUGGUCCCACCUUUAACAUCGAGACUAGCAGCGUUACCUAUAAAUUUCGAAUUAAGUCCAAUUAUCCGUCAAGAAACUAUCGAACAAAUCUCGAAUUCGAACAAUACGGACGUGCUGCAAACAAAUAAUUUUAAUCCAACCUUAUCCGUGGAAUGUGUUACCGAAGAAAACCACGAUGUUAUUUGCGCUGCAGAAGCGUCUACUAGCUCGAGUUUCGGUAACACGCUGGAACCUACUCGUAUAGAACUGAGUACAUGGAUCGGAGGGACACAGAGAUCCGAAAUAAAUCCCACUGAUAGUGGUUUUUCUCAGUGGCUGGGCUCUAGCGAUUCGGGGUGCAAGAAAGAUAACUAUUCUAUAAAAACUAUGACAGCCAGCGCUGAAAACGAAUCGCCAUUAAUAAUUUCUGAAUCUAUCAUGGGCAUUCAGAGGGAUAAUACUCCGUCUUCUCUCCAAAGGCCUGAUAAACAUUCCCAACAUAGUAGCUUACAAAACAUUCAAGGAGAUUUAAAUGAUAUACUAGAUAGAUUACAAAAUAUGGUUGCAGACGACUGUUUACUCGAUGAUUCUUACGUUGCUAACGAUAAUUGUAAAUUGAAACGUGCUACAACGGAAAUGGAAGAUUUAUUAACGGGACUCAUUCAGGGUAUGGAGUCUCGUAAAAGUAAGCUUACUACUAUUGUGUGACGAAUUUCUGAAUCACAAACAGCGAUUUUUCAAUUCCAAAGUAAAUAUUUACGAAAUAAAUGUCUCCGUCUGCAAGGUAAAUCUCGUUAUAGAUUAGCGAUACCAAUGUUAGUAAAAAAUACUAUGUAAUCAUGCUAGUAGGCGUAAUAUGCAAUGUUAGCAUUAAUUUGAGUAGUUUCUCUCAUAUUUAAACAAAAAUAGAGAAGUCACUAUAUGUAAGUAGCACAUUAAAAUACGAUUUUACAGUUAGCUUAAAUAUCAGUUCUAUGAUAAUUAAAAUUUGUGCGUGCUUAAUUUCUCGUUGACAAUUUCGUAACGUUAGGAUAAAUUAUUUUUACAUCGUUUUAAAUGCAUAUUAAAUAUAUGUAAUAGAAAAAUAUAGAUAAUAAAACAAUAUAUUAGGUACUAUAAAAAAAAGGUUAUUUUCUUUCGUUAGAAAAAUUAGUGCCUAUAUGUUUAGAAUUUAAAUGGAAAUAAAAGAAAAUGUUUGUAUAUCUACGAAAUAAACACCAAAUUGUUGUAACAUAUAAAUACACUUCAUCGUUUUGAUGAAUAGACUAGAAUAUUGUAUCUAAUGGUCCAUGUGCCAAUAGUAUAAAAUAUAUA